CUGCCCAGACUACCAUGAUAAAAAAGGCUGGCAGCCUAUUGCGCCAACCAUCUUCGAAAAGUGCAGCGCCGGCUGGCAGGAGUGUUCCAUUGCAACGUCCGUCUGCACGGCUGUCGGUGUCCACCAAACCCAGGGCAGUGACUAAGGGAGCCGGGGACACCACCUUUGCCACGAGCGUGCGGCCGCCUUCCAGACAAUCCGUCACCUCGAAAGCCGCUGCGCUGUCUAAGCCUGGAUCUGCCUUUGUCAAGGCGUCUCAGCCUGCCCAAAAUUGGGCGGCCCCGUCUGCACUUGCUGCGCCUCGGCAGCAAGCCACGCCAGCUGUGCCUGAGCUGCCACGUAGGUCAGUGGUGCCCCGGGCAGGAGCCAGCACUGCUUCGAGGAGAAGCCUCCAGCCAGUGAAGGGGACAGUUGGCACAACUGCACGGGCUCCUGCAAGGCUCUCCACUGUUCCAGAUAGCGGUGCACAACGGACAUUCCUCCAUGGUUCCAGGCGGUCUGUGGCUACCAUUCGAAAGGCGACGACCACAACGAGCCAGGCAGUGCCUGCCGAGCUGCCAAAGGCCCCGACUGGACCACAGGCCGCUUCAACUGCGCAGCCCUCGCGGUUGGCUCCCCGUUCGCGAUUGAGGCCUCCCACUAGUCGAGCAUCGGGCAGCACUUCGAGAGUGCCCAGACCGGCAGCAUUCAGGGAAGCCUCCUGCCUCCCGCAAGUGCCAGAGUCUCCCGUGGCAGGUCGCCUCUCGUCGACACCUGCCAGGCCAGAUGUUCCUCGUUGCGGCAGCACUCCAACAUUGACACCCAUCAGAAAGCAGCCUGACUGGCGGUGAAAUUUCAUAUGUACCUAGGCUUGGGGCCUUUUGUUAAUCAUUUCUUUGUUUCUGUAAUUUAUUGACCAAUACAUUGUCUAGGAGAUGCUUUUAAUUUUUUUUGACAAUGUGUUAUACACGGAGCAUUACUGGUAACGUUUUAUGAACUUUCUGAUAAGUUAAAGUUCUGCAUUUUACAGAGACUCUUGACAGCCUUUGAAAAAUCAGGUCGUCUUCGUCAAAAAGUGCAUUUUACCUGUGAAAAAAUAUUCAAUUUAUAACUGCUGCUGUGAGACAAAGGGCAGAAGUGUCAUUAUCUGUGUUAUGCCCAAGUUGAAGCAAUGACAUUAUUACACCUUUUGGAGCACCUAAUUGUUUAAGGUGUUAUAUGCAGAAGUAUACUGGAUAAGGUACGAAAUGUGAUUAAUUUUCUUUGGAGUAAGGGACAAAUACCCAUUGAAAUCCGCAUUGAAAUACUGCUCACAUAUGGGGAAAGACGUCUCGCUUUGAGAAGUGAAUUAUGACGUUGAGCCAAGUUGAGGCAGUAGUCCGAUGCUGUAUUCAGAAUCAACUGAACAAGUUCAACCACAGGGCAUUUGAAGUGUCACGCUAUGAUAAGCUAAAUAGAUGAGCUGGGGGGAAAACUAUGUGAACAAGUAGUACAAGGAACAAAGAAUGGUACUUGUUUUUGUGGUGCAGGUGUUAGGUAAAGUGCAGGUGUUAUAUGGCAGCCGCAUACAGCUCUUACAUGGUAGAUUAUUAUAUGUGGGGCUUUGAAUCUUUUCUGUUCCCCAUUUCAAAGGCUUUGCAGCCUGUGGCUUUCGUAUUGCGUAUCUUUUAUUGUAUGUCUGUAUUGCGUGAUUAUGUACUUUAUUUUGGCUAAUAAAGACAAUAGAGCCAUGGA